CGCGCGCCACGCUUAUAUAAAAUUUAUUUGAUUAGCACAGUUUGUUGCCGCCGCUGUUGCUGCUGCGGUCUUUGUCUGUCGCGUGCAGCGGACGUCUAGCGGCAGAGGUUCAGCAGCAGGCAGAUAUAUAUUUCGUACGCAGCGCCUGAUAAACGCGCGCGAAAUACAACCGUAUUAUAUGCGCGUGGCUAUGAGUAUAUAAAGUGCCCCGCGAGCUGCACCUGCUCCGCCGCGUUCGCUGCGCGAUAUUUGGCUAGUUCGCCAGUUUAGCAUUGUUUCGAUACAUUCUUGCCGUUCGGAGACAUAUAAUUGUUAAAUUCGUUCGAAAAUCCCCCCGAAAAGAGUGCGAUGCUCGAAAUACGAGAAAAACAUGACAAUCCAAACCCUCGGCUCACGGCCAACGUCUUCAGCAGAUUAACUUUCUGCUGGUUGACGAAUUUAUUUUGGUACGGAAGCAAUCAUCAGAUCCAGACCAAAGAUCUUUACGACACCGUGCCCAACGACCUCAGCGAGCCCCUUGGCAAAGAACUCGAAAGGCACUGGAAGCAUCAGGUUGAUAAUUUUUUGAAAACAGGCAAGAAGCCAAGUUUAUUGAUAGCACUAUGGAAGACCUUCGGCUUGAAAUAUCUGCUGCAAGGGAUAAAUCUCUUCGUUUUAAAUCUCGUACUGAGAAUCUUGUUACCACUGACAUUGGGAGCCCUGAUUCGACACUUUCAUCAAUGCUCGACGACCACGGAAUCGUACGCUUACACCCUGGCAUCGGGCAUCAUUUUGAUAAUACUCAUGCAGGUCUUGAUCGAGCGCCAUGCCUUCCUGGACCAAUCCGAGAUCGGUAUGCGAGCGAGGAUCGCCUGCUCGUCGUUGAUAUUCAGAAAACUGACAAAAUUAUCGUCCUCGCUGGCCAAUCAGUCGACCGGUGGACUGGUCAUCAAUCUGCUGUCGAACGACGUGGCGAAAUUCGAGCGCACCUCGAUAUUUCUCCACUACAUCUGGAUCAUGCCGCUGCAGCUCGCCGCCAUCACGUACCUGAUCUGGAUGAGCGUGGGCUACGCCUCGAUAAUUGGAAUAUGCGUUCUGAUAGUGCAGACGAUCCCCUUGCAGGCCUGCUGCGGUAAGCUUAUAUCAUACCUGCGGGCCAAAGUGGCGGCGCGCACGGACACGCGGACGCUGCUCAUGAGCGAGCUCGUGCACGGCAUGCGCGUCCUCAAGAUGUACACCUGGGAGCCGCUGUUCGAGCGUCUCAUCGCCCAGACCAGGAAGCGAGAAAUCAAUAUAUUUACAGUUACUGCGUACUUGCGCGGGGCCAAAUUGGCCGGGCACUUUUUCACCGAGCGCACCACAAUGUACUUCACGCUGCUGGCCUACGUGCUACAGGGCUACCCGAUCAGCGCCGAAAAGGUCUUCGCCAUGUUUCAGUACUUCAACAUGCUGCAGAUCACGGCGGCUAAUUAUUUUCCGCUGGCCAUCGACACCGCGGCCGAAGUUCGCGUCUCCUUGCGCCGUAUCGAGAAAUUUUUGCUACAAGACGAGGCGAAAUCUUUGACGAGCAAAUCCACGAUGAUUAAGAUCGACAGUAAUGACGCGAUCGUAAUGAAGAAGGUCAACGCCUCGUGGUCGGAAAAGCCCGUGACUCCGACUCUGACCGAUUUGAACUUGGUCGUGCCCAGAGGGACGCUCUUCGCCGUCACCGGGCCAGUGGGCUCGGGCAAGAGCUCGUUCACAAAGCUGAUUCUCGGCGAGCUGCGCAUCGGCACGGGCGGCGAGCUGCAUCGGGCGGGCAGCCUGUCGUACGCCUCGCACGAGCCCUGGCUCUUUGCUGGCACGGCGCGUAAUAAUAUCCUCUUCGGCGAGCCGUACGAGGCGCGCCGUUAUCAAAGGGUGGUCGAGGUCUGCGCGCUCCACAAAGACUUUCAGCAGCUGCCGAGCGGCGACAAGACGCUGCUGGGCGACCGAGGGGCCGGCCUCAGCGGCGGACAGAAGGCCAGGAUCAAUCUCGCGAGAGCUGUUUAUCGAAACGCCGACGUCUACGUGUUCGACGAUCCCAUGUCUUCGCUGGACGGACAAGUUGCCGAAAGUAUAUUCAAGGACUGCAUAAAUGGGUUUUUGAAGGAUAAGACGAGAAUAUUAGCCACUCAUAGCAAUCGGCACUUGCAAGAGGCCGACAUAAUCGUUCUACUAAAUAAUGGUCACGUCGAGUAUCAAGGGACUUACGACGAUUUGAAAAAAGACGGAAAGUAUCUUCAUCUUAUUCCUUCAAACGAUGAGAUCGAGUCGUUGCCAUCUUUGGAAAAACAAGAGCAGCUUCAGGACGAAGAGCAGCUGACGAUCGGUGAUACGACUCUGGACUCCAAAGACGAGGACGAAAAGGCCGAGCCAAAAGAGACAGAGGAAUUCAUAGCUAAAGGCAAACUGUCCAAAUCGCUUUAUACAAAGUAUUGUCGAGCUGGAGGAUCGUACUUUGUCUUAUUUUUACUCGCCAUUUACUUUUUGUUGGGUCAGCUUGCCACCAGUGCUUGCGAUUAUUGGCUCGCUUAUUGGGUAAGGCAGGAGGAAGAGCAGACACUGAAUUCCAGUGAUAUUCACGGUUGUAACCCGAACGCGCCGCAAGCGAUCAACAAUCGGACCAACCAUGAAAAAUACGUCAUCACAGAAAACAGUCGCUCCAUGACAUCGUUGUACAUUUACAGUAUUCUGACGCUCGCGUGCGUCGUCACUCUCGUUACCCGUAACAUAUGGUUCUGCCAGAGAUUCAUGAAAGCCAGCCGAAAUCUGCACGACAGAAUGCUGCUGAGACUGCUCAAAGCGCCGAUGCAAUUUUUCGAUCGAAAUCCUUCCGGUCGAAUAAUGAACCGAUUUUUCAACGACAUUAAUGUGCUGGACGAACUGUUACCGGUGACUAUGCUCGAUGGGUUGCAAGUUUACGUUUUCAUGAUCGGUGUGAUAACUCAAGUGUUCCUAAUCAAAUGGUGGACGAUAUUUCUCAUGCUUUUGAUGGCUUAUUUGUUCUAUAGAAUGAUAGUCUUUUACCUGGCUACCGCUCAGAAUAUCAAAAGAUUGGAGGGUGUAGCAAAAAGUCCGGUAUUCUCUCACGUGGACGCCUGCCUGUCGGGCCUGUCGACCAUUCGCUCGUGCGGCGCCGAGAAAAUCGUCGUCCGCGACUUCGACGCCCACCAGGACCACCACACGUCGGCUUACUAUCUCACUCUGGCCACCUCGCGGGCCUUCGGCCUCUGGAUCGAGCUCGUGCUGCUCGUCUUCAUCGGCCUGAUCACCUACGGCUUCGUGUACAUCGGCCGGGGUAGCACCAACGCGGGCAACGUCGGCCUGGCCCUGUCCCAGAUCUUCAUUCUCAACGGCAUGCUGCAGUUCGGCAUCAGACAGUCGACCGACGUGAUGACGCAGAUGACCAACGUCGAGAGGGUCGUGCAGUUCACCGAGCUCGAGCAGGAGGGAACUGAUCGGAAGCACGAGAUCGUCAAGCCGAGCAAAAAUUGGCCGACCAACGGGGACGUGGAGUUCAGCAAAGUAUGGUUGAGGUACGGAAAGGAGAACGAGCCUGUGCUGAAAAAUGUGAAUUUCAUCGUUGAGGCGGGAUGGAAGGUUGGCAUAGUCGGCCGCACCGGCGCCGGCAAAUCGUCCCUCGUAUCGGCCAUCUUCCGGCUGACCGAGUACGAGGGCCGCAUCCUGAUCGACGGCCUCGACACGUCAAAAAUCGGCCUUACCGAUCUUCGCAAGAGGAUCUCGAUCAUCCCCCAGGAGCCGAUGCUGUUCUCGGCCACGCUGCGCGCCAAUCUCGAUCCGUUCGACGAGCACGACGACGCCGAGCUCUGGUCGGCCCUGCAGUCGGUCGAGCUCAAUCGGCUCUUCGUCUCGCUGGACCAGUCGAUCGAGCCGGGCGGUGGCAAUCUCAGCGCCGGUCAGCGCCAACUGCUCUGUCUGGCUCGGGCGGUAGUGCGUCAAAAUCGCAUCAUCGUGCUGGACGAGGCGACGGCCUCCGUGGAUCCGGCCACGGACGAGCUCAUACAGAGCACCAUCCGGAGCAAGUUUCGCGAUCGCACCGUGUUGACGAUAGCCCACAGGCUCAACACGAUCAUGGACAACGACAAAAUUCUGGUGAUGGAUAAUGGCCGAGUAGUGGAAUACGAUCAUCCGUUUGUUUUACUGAACAAGAUCGACGGAUGCUUUGCCAAGAUGGUGCAACAGACUGGCAAUUCAACGGCACAGUACUUGAGAGAUGUCGCGGAAGAGACAUACAAGAGAUCGAUGAUUUAUUCCAAUGGAAUCCAUUGCAUUUAAAAGAGCAAAUUUAACUCAUUUGUACAGUA